AAACACGAAACGAUUAAGCCCUGUUUGGUUUGCCAAUUUCGAAAACUAGGUUUUCUUCUGUAUCUCGUCAAUGGGUUAACGAAACACAGAGGUCGACUCUCGUGCAGUCCAAACACUCCGCUACAGGGAGAGUUGAGGCCAUUCUCUUCUUGGAGAUGGCUAGCAGGUCUAUCCGGUCUAGGAGAGCACCUCCCACACUGCAUCCAGAACAAUCGUCUAGGGCUAAGUGGACAGCACCCCUCACAAAGAUACUUGCGGACUUGAUGGUUGACCAGGUUCAAAAGGGGAAUAGGCAAAGAAACUCUUUUGGCAAGAAGGCAUGGAAGUUUAUGUGUGAUGAGUUCUAUAAGAAAACAGGUUUAAAAUGGGAUAAGGAUCAACUGAAGAAUCGAUUUUCCGUCUUAAGGAAGCAGUAUGGUAUUAUGAAGUCACUUCUUGAUCAAAGUGAUUUCAAAUGGGAUGAAGCCACUGGUGCCAUCAUCGCAAAGGAUGAAGUGUGGAACAGAUAUAUUAUGGAACAUCCCGAUGUGGAGACCGUAAAAAGCAGUGGCUGCCCAAUUUACAAGCAGCUGUGCGCAAUAUUCUCAGAACCGGUUAUGAACGGGGAUCAUAACCGAUCUAAUGAAUGCAAGGAAAUAAUUCAAGAAGCAAUUCUUUGCGCAGAACCUUUAAGCACAUUCCGGGAGGAAUCCUCAUCAGAAUCAGAGGAGGAAGCCGACGUGGCAGGUGAGCAAGACAAACUUCAAUUGACCAUCCCUCCUAGCACAGGUGGUCGCAAGAGAGGGCGCAAGGGGAUUGAUAAUGCUAUCGCAAACGCUAUAUUGGAGAUGGCGGCCGCUUCAAAGCUGAGGGCAGAUGCCAUAGAGCAAUGUAACAACAGAUUCUCUAUAACUGAUUGUGUUAGAGCGCUGGACGAACUGCAAGGCGUAGAUGAGCAAGUUUAUCACGCUGCUCUAGAGCUGUUCAACAAUCCUCAUGCAAGGGAGACUUUCUUAUCUCUCAAACUCGACAAGCGGUUGAUGUGGUUAUAUAGCAAGUGUACUGCACUCUCUAGUUCAUAGUUCACAAAGAGAACUCUCUGGAUCUACUUCAUCAUCUUCAUUAGGUCUUUCUUACUUGAAUAGCAGUGAGAGUAACAUGUAUAGUAGUAGCCUCUUUAUCUCUCUCUCUCUUGUUCAAAAACUUCAGGUCCAGGUGAAUGUGGUUCAUAGAUUGUGCCACCGCGUGGGUAAAUGCAAAAUAUGGCCACAAAAUCUUGUAAAUCUUCGUUGCUUUGCUCAAUAUAAUUAAUUGCAAAAUGCUGCAUUUUGAGAGUGGUUACAAAA